AUGCAGUACAACCCAUGGAAUGGGGCCCAAGAUGGCGUUACAGUGUGUAUUGGCGAGGCGUGCUUUACGUCCAUUGUCGUGGUGCAUUUGUUGCAAGGGCUAUCUUUACCUGAGGGUAAAUACCGGGUACUUAAUACACCAGUAGAUUUUGAGGAAAGCAAACAUGCACGACCAUAUCUUGGGAAGUCAGAAAAAGGAGUGUAUUUUGCGACAAUUCACAAGUACAACAACCUUCUUCGGGUUUGGAACCUCAAUGAAUCAAGCGGUCCAAUAGAUUGGAUACUAGAGCAUACUAUCGAGCUUGAUGAAUCUACUUUGUGGGCCGCGGCGCGUUUCUACCAACACGAGAUUAAUGGACCUUGGAUCUUAGAGGACAAUAACAACGAUGAUGUGGAAAACAAGAUGGUGCCGCUAAAAGAAAAUAUUGAAUGGAACUCCGAUGAUGAUAAUGUAAUGAGUAAUCAAGGUGGUUGUGAAGAACAGUACGGUCACAUUUAUUUCUUGGGUUUUCACCCGUACAAAGAGGUAAUUUUCUUAGGGUUGUCAUUUAUAGGAGUGGCUUAUCAUUUGAAUAGCUCAAAAGUCCAAUACCUCGGAAAACUACGCCCAAAAGAUUACUGCACAGCGUAUUCAAAUGGCAUAUAUGAAUCAUUUAUGUACACUCCCUGCAUGGUUGGGGAGCUUUCAGAGACUCCUCCAUAA